AUGGUUGAGGAUCUGAAGAGAAAACCCCUCUUCAUUCUUGCUGUCAUCUUGCUGCUUAGUUCAGCACAAGCAGGGAACACAAACAGAACCUCAUGGCAUCAGUGUGCUGACUUCCAGACAGCAAAUUUCCUACAUGGCAGUAAACUUAAUGUCCAGUUUCUUCUCUUCACCUCCUCGAACCCCAGCUGUGGGGAGUUGAUUUUAGCUGAUGAUGGUAUUGAGGACACCAGCUUCAACAGCAGUCUGGAAACCAAGAUCAUAAUCCAUGGCUUCAGGGCUUUGGGCACCAAACCUUCCUGGAUUGAAGGGCUUGUCCGUGCCAUACUGCACACAAGCCACGUGAAUGUGAUUGCGGUGGACUGAGUUCAUGGGUCUACUGGAGCCUAUCACUCCGCAGUGGAUAAUGUCACACAGCUGGCCCUCUCCAUCUCACACUUCAUCAGCAAGCUCCUGGCCCUGGGAGUCUCAGGGACAUCCAUCCACAUCAUUGGCGUGAGCCUUGGUGCGCAUGUCGCGGGCCUGGUUGGGCACUUCCACGGCGGUCAGCUGGGACGGAUAACAGGCCUGGAUCCCGCAGGCCCAAAGUACACCAGAGCCAGCCUGGAGGAACGCUUGGACCCUGGGGAUGCCCUCUUUGUGGAAGCCAUUCAUACGGAUGCUGACAACUUCGGGAUCCGGAUACCUGUAGGCCACAUCGAUUAUUUCGUCAAUGGAGGCAAAGAUCAGCCAGGAUGCCCCCGAUUCAUCUCUGCAGGCUACAAGUAUCUGAUCUGUGAUCACAUGAGGGCAGUACAUCUCUAUGUCAGUGCCUUGAAACACUCCUGUCCUAUAGUGGCAUUCCCUUGCUCAAGUCAUCAGGAUUUUUUGAAUGGCCGGUGCCUGGACUGUGAUGAUCCCUUCCUGUUCUCCUGUCCCAGAAUAGGCCUGCUGGAGCAGGCAGGCGUCAGCAUGAGAAGGCUGCCCAAGGAAGUGAUUGUUUACUUAAUGACAAGUCCUUCAGCCCCGUUCUGUGUCCACCACAGCCUGGUUGAGUUCCGACUGCAGAAGAAAAGAAAUGUAGUCACCAGCAUUGAGAUCACUUUCUACAGCAACAGCACCAAGGACACUGCGAAGAUCACCAUACCUCAGCAGGAGGAGGUGGGCAAGCGGCUGCUGGCCCACAAGGUUCCCCUCUGUGAGAUAAACAUCGUGAUGCUCAAGUAUCUCCCCAAGAACCGAUUUUGGAGGAAGGAUGAGUCGCACAUUGUCGGCAAGUUCUGUGCAGCCCCGCUGCCUCUCAAUAAGAACAGGACCAUGUUCUGCCUGCCCUGGAACAUCACUCUUUACGGCAACAUGGACCUCUCUUACCGGCUGUCUGCUGCGUGUGCCUAGCACGGCUUUCCGAGUAUGGAUGCACACCCAAAACUGGGAAGGAGUCCUAAACCUACUGCCUCUCUCUGCUCACGGAUGAUACUUUCAUCAAAGAACCACGUGGGUUUUUUACUUCCCGCAUUCAGGAGAGGAUGUCAAGGAAAAGUAGCAUGCAGUACAUCAGUGAGUACAAGACUUAGCAGUUGCAGCAAGAUUUCCCAGUUAAAAGACUGAAUUAGGAUUUUUAUCUCACAGAUUCUGUACCAAGCUCUGAAAGAGAUGGGCAAGUCAUUUAAUCACAAGAUUUCAAUCUCUGUGAAAGGAGAAGAUGAUAUCACUCUUUCUACACGGGGAGUACUGGGAUGAU